AUGUCUUCAAAAUGUGGUGUAAAUGCAGGACAUUUUGGUCACCAAAAUAGCCAUGACAACACUUGCAUGACUUCUGUACAUCAAAAUGUGGCCUCCACAUCAAUUUACACCAGAAAUUUGCUGUAAAAAGGGCUGUGGAUAACUAUUGACUGUAAAUUUGCUAAGGUUGUUCGCCCACCAGCUCGCACUCACGCACUGCACUCCAGUUUAGAUCCUGAAUCAGAGUUGCACUUGCUUUGCACACACCACCAGGGGUUGAGCACCGCUCGCGACCCGGCCAAGGACUUUUUGUACGGCAAGUGGUCCAUCGUGUAAACCAAGUUACUGUCCAAAACACUGUAAAACACAGAUGUAUCAAAAUGUACGGAGGCAGUAAGCAAGACUAUGUGUUUGAUUUUGACUUGAAUCCAUAUGAGAGUUUCAUGCGCAAUCAUCUGAAGCAUUAUGGAUACUAUACAGGGCGCAAUGAGAGUUUUCGUAAUGCCAACAAAACCUUUGACGAAUGGGACUGUAACCAUAGUUACGCCCUCAGUGACCAGGGCUCGGACACCGAUUAUGAAAACCAAGCUCUCAAAGAAGACAAAGACUCAGCACCCAGCUCCCCCUAUGCCUCUCUGCAUUCUUUGUGGGACUCGGUUAUUAUUCACUAUAAUCGGCAAGAGGAGAAAAGAACAACUCAGCUUACUUUCAAGUAUCAAGCAGGAAAGAUGGUGCCAAGACUCAGGGAACCCAGACACUUAUACGCACUGUCCAAAGAGGGCGGGUCACAACAAGCUCCAAGAUGGCCAGCGGAUGUUGAGGUCUUAUCUAACCGUGUGUACCACAAACCCUAUGUGCCAUCAGAACCAGAAGGGUUCUACGAGCCAAGUGGGUAUGAGAAGAUGCCCCAACCAGUUUCGGAGGGAGAGGGGAGAGUUGUUUAUUAUUGCCCACCAACAAAAGAGGCCUACUUCUUGAGGUCAAGGGUCGGAGGCAGCAGGAGCGGAUGUGCACUGAGAGCGGUUAAGAUCAAGACAGAGGAAGACACGACACUCAUCUUCGAAUCUCGGUUUGAGAGCGGUAACCUCAUGAAGGCACUCAAAGUGUCCGAGUACGAGUACGAGUUGCAUCUCCGAUACGACCUGUACACCGAGAAACACACCCAGUGGUUCUACUUCAGAAUACAGAACAUGAGAAAAGGCAUCAAGUAUCGCUUCACUAUCACCAACCUGAUGAAGCCGGGCAGUUUGUACAACGAUGGGAUGAGGCCACUGCUCUACUCAGAAAUUGAAGCACAGAAGAAAAACAUCGGCUGGAGACGAUCGGGAGAUGACAUCAAAUAUUUCAAGAACUACCUCAAGAGAUCUGACGGCAAAGGGGACAAGAAUUACUACUCGUUAACGUGGACUUGCAUUUUCCCUCACGACAACGACGUUUGCUACUUUGCUCACUGCUAUCCUUAUACAUACUCCGAUUUACAAGACUAUCUUCAGAAUUUAACCAACGACCCGGUCUGCAGUAAGUUCUGCAAGCAGAGAAUCUUGUGUCGUUCCUUAGCAGGGAACAUCGUCAACAUUUUAACAAUCACUUCGCCGGCCAAGAACCCAGAAGAUGCCAAGAUGAAGAAGGCCAUUGUCCUAACAGCCAGGGUCCAUCCUGGAGAGACCAACUCAAGCUGGAUGAUGAAAGGGUUCCUAGACUUCCUCACUAGCUCAUCAGGUGAUGCCAAGCUUCUAAGAGACACGUUUGUCUUCAAGAUCGUCCCGAUGUUGAAUCCGGACGGCGUUAUCGUUGGUAACUAUCGUUGCUCACUCGCUGGAAGAGAUCUCAACCGUAACUACAAGAGUGUACUCAAAGACUCCUUCCCUUCCGUCGCUCACACCAAACUCAUGAUCAAAAAGUUGAUUGAGGAGCGAGAGGUCGCCAUCUACUGUGACCUUCACGGCCACAGCAGGAAACAGAACGUCUUCAUCUAUGGAUGCGAUAACAAAAACAACCCCAACAGACGGCUACGAGAAAGAGUGUUCCCCGUUAUCCUAGGAAGAAAUGCUAAGGACAAGUUCUCUUAUGACAUCUGUAAGUUCAAAGUUCAGAAGAGCAAGGAAGGGACGGGUCGAGUUGUUGUCUGGCAGAUGGGCAUCAUGAACAGCUACACCAUGGAGGCGACAUUUUGUGGGUCGACAUUGGCCGAUGGCAGUCACUCACAUUUCUCUACGGCCGGCUAUGAGGCAAUGGGGUACCACUUCUGCGACACCAUCCUUGACUACUUUGACCCAAAUGAAUCCAAAUGUGAACAAAUCCUGUCCGAUCUGGAGGAGAAACUCCGGCAACAAAUCCUUCGUCAUCUGGAGCGCUCUGGAACACCCCUACCUGCCAAUGGUAUCGUCGACCUCAGUGAUGAUUAUUCAUCAGCGCUAGAAUCAAGCACAACUGGUUCAGAUAGCUCCGUGGAUGAUGGCCUUCCUGUACACUUACUGGCGCUCGCACCAAAGCUGAGUAAGAAGAAGAAGUUAAAGACAAGGAAGGAGCGAGACAAAAAGAGGAGUAGUCUUGAGAAGGCAAAGGAGAAGGAGGUUGUAGAAGAGAAGAAACCACCAACACCAAAGAAGGACCAACGGAUGAAGUAUCGUCACACCGAUCGGUCAACGCUACACUCGGCCAGUAGGACGAAACCCAACGUCAACAAGACCGGUGACGGCAUGCCCGUAUUCGCACAAGAAAGAUGUGAUGAUAAAAACUUGAAGAAGGCGGAUUACUUGGAAGCUCUGACCAAUGCGUAUUUGAUGAGUGGGGUACUGAAGCCUGCAACUCAAGAGAUCCCCUCGUUCCGCUAUUCCGCAGGAAACGCUUCACUGACGGCAUCGGGGAUUCCCAUGGCUCAUGUUGAUGGGUUAUGUCCGCACCAUGAGAAGGCACUAGCUGAGCAGUACGUGGCAAACCAGCUCGCAGGACUCUCAUUCUCAGAUAACUGGAAUGGCGAGUCCCAAACGACUGUCGAGAGAGUGACCCAACCAGCCUUCUCCCCUUACCAACACAGAAACUUCAACAGCCACAUGGUCACUAUGAACGCUUUGCAGCAGCAGCAACGACCCCUCAACGAGUACAUCAGACAGGCUGCGCAACACAUCAGAACCAGACCCCAGACGGGUAAGAAGGCAAGAGCAGGCUCAGCUAGUCCCAUCAAAACCCACCCCUCACCGUUUGACGAGCAAUCGGAAGGAUCUCUCGGCCAACAGAGCUACUCUGACUUUGUGAGAAGAGGGAUCUCAAGCAAAUCCUUGGACAGUAGUAAAGGGUGUAAAAGUCCCUCAGCUACAAGUUUCGGAGUCUAUGACGGAAAUUCAUAUGGAAGUCUUCUUGGCCACGACAGGUCCGCCUCGAGACACAGUGCUCAUGCAGGAUCAAAAGACUCACUAAACCGUGAUAAUAGACCAGGCACACUGGACGGCGCUGUAGAUCCCACCCCUCAGAAUGCCAUCUCCUCCAGCGCCUCUAGUCUCCUCUCGGAGACGGGUAGAGGGUCUAGUGUUUACUCUCCCCAAGGCAACUCUGAGAACGCAGUACCCGGUGAAGACAACGCAGUGGCAAUCAAAGAUGUAAACAAAGGGUCAAAGGGCGAAAAAGAGGCCCGGCAGUACUACGUCCCGACACCAGUUUCCUCUCUACAGUCUAAACCAGACGAAAGGAAACACAUAACCCCGCAAUCAAAACCCCAUCGUUGCUCAACAGAAGCUACACCGAUAACGGACACUUCGCUCCAGCAGCGUAACACCAAAAGCUCCCACCACUUCAAGAAGGCUCAGAACUUUUACUCGAAGUCUGUGGUUACCAGCAAGGCGGAACAUGGGAAGGGCGUAUCUCAAUCACCAUCAAAGGGCGGGGUUAAGACGAAGAGGGCGGAGUCGCCAGCGGAGCUUCAGACUGACUUCAGAAUGAGCGUCGCCAGUUUAAAGAAAGCCGGGUUGAUCGGUCAAACCCAGGCUUCGAAUAGUAACAACAAUGCAGAGAUGAUGCUGUAUGAGAACAAGGUUGAUGGGGAGGAGGGUUUAGAAGGGUCGGGAGGUCACGGUGCAAUAUCUCCAGUCGUUGCUGAAAAGGGUGAUUUGUUGUCUGCUCAUCCCCUUAAGAAUGGAACCAGUGAAACGGAUACCGAUUCAGAACUUUGGAAGGAAAUUCGGAAGCCGAAAACGUCAAGGGAAACUCCGACGGAAGACGUUGGGUCGUUGAGAAUGAGACGCCAUUCUCACGAGCAGAAGAGACAAGUAGAAAGAGGUCAAGGGUCAAACAGGGUAAAGUCAGCAGGUCAGCGGAGUGUCACGUCGAUUAGUUCCGCGCCACUACACGGAGAAGGGCAUACAUCUCGCUCCAGUUUGAGCAAUAAUCAACAGUUUAGCCGGUCCCCGUCUCGGCCGGGAUCCUCUGAGAGUAACGCUCGAUAUAAAGUGUUAUCCCCCAACAAUAAUAGUUCCCGCCAUGCUGCAGACAGCAUGCAGAAAUACCAAUCCACCAAGACGGAUGAGACCGUGUACACAACCGUCAAUCCAUUCCCCAACAGACCACAAACUCCAGGCAGGGUUACCAUAUCUGCAGGGAACCAUGCAAUGAAAGGCCAGCAGCUGCGACGGAACAGCUCCAAGCAAACCAGCCAAUCACGAAGCCCGAAAAAUAAUCUCUACGACGACGACCUGUACUCGGAUCGGGUCAUUUCGCCACAGAGCACCAAUAAGUUCGUCCAGGUGCAGCAGCUCGCGCUUCAGAUGCGGGGGUUUGGAAUAGCGCCCUCUAGUGACAAUCUUGAGGCAAUUGGUGAGGAGAGGCCAAGGACUUGUGAUGGUGGCAGUGGUUACCAGAUUAUAAUGGAGAGGGCGGAGCCCAAUGGCCACAGAACCGAGAAGGCUGGACGAAAACAUCAUGAGCCAAGUGGUCGUCGCUCCGCAAAGGGCAUCCGCUCACCCAUAAUGCAAGAGUCCAAGCCCUCUGCUGAUGUUGUCUCCGAGCCACAAAUUGUUGAGUUCCAGGGCGGCUUCCAGGGGCAUCCCAAAUCCCACGCUGUGAUGAGGUUUGCAAAGAAGAAAUAGACUAUCAGGCCCAAACAGCAUCCAAAGCAAAUGCCCUGGGCUAAUUUCAUAAAGCCUGUAAGCUUAGAAACUUGCUUAGCACAGAAAAACAUUGCACACUAGAAACGGG